AUGUUGUCAGAUCUUCCCACUGAGCUGACGGAACACAUUACGGGCUAUCUUGAUGUCAACACAUUUCGCUCUUUCCGGUUAGUUUCGCAUUCGCUUAAUCAGCAGUCGCUCCACCAGUUCAGGCAGCGUUUCUUCCGCACGCGAACAGUUGCGUGGACUACCGAGAGUCUAGACAAGUUGACGCACAUCACUUCCGACUUGUACUUCGGGAAAUGCCUCCGCGACCUAAUCAUCGACGCUACCCCACGCUUUGCAAUCAGGCUAUGGGAGCUAGAGAAAGGAAUAAUCGAAGCAGAUCUACAACAGGACCAAGCAAGGCGCAAUGAUGUGCAAGUUCGCUACAGCGAAGUCGAAGCCAGAUUCGAGCAUUCCAAGAGGUUUUGGAACGAGACACGGCACGAUCGCAAAGCCCUCACUGCCGUCUUCGAGCAUCUUGGAAGGCUGCAGUCCAUUGUGUUUGCUUACGACGGGAUGAAGAAGAACUUCCUGCUUUUCGGUCGCCGCUAUUGUGAGAGUAGCCAGAAUGAGAUGAGCCGCCCUUUCGUCUCUACCAUGGCGGCAGUUGCGAAGUCCAAACUCAUCGUUCAGACCAUCUCCGUCGACCCAACAAGGAGAUAUGGUGCCGUCAGCACGGGCCGGCUUGAGAGUUUGUCGCCUCUGCUCGUCGUAUUCGACGAUAUAUUCCUAGGACUUAAGGGCCUGAAAAUGAGCAUUCGCGACUGGAGAUCUCCGGACGACGGGUUCGAGAUGCCAACUGGAAAGGCAUCAUUCUUGGUUCGAUUUCUCGCGAAGCUGAGGAAUCUGGAAUCACUGGACCUCUCUUGUUUCAGCAGCCUGGAAGAAAACGUACUCUCGGAGAUGGCGCGGCACUGCAAAUAUCCGCGUCUAAGAACGUGCAGACUUCACCUCUUCAGGGUCCCGGACACUAAAGACUUGUUGCAUUUCCUUGAACCCGCCCACGCAUGGCUACAAUCUCUAACAUUGUGCCACUGCAUUGUAAGAGAUGGAGAGUGGAGCCAGGUGAUGAUCGACAUUGCUACAGAGCUUCGACUCGGACACGUCGAGCUCAGCGACUUGUUCACACGAUCGGGGGCCAGGGUAGGUUUUGAUGGAACGAUGCGCCGAACGCUCGUGCUUGAGGGACCAGACAUAGAGAAUCAGUUGAUAUUCCAGUCCGGUCGUCUCAUCAGUGGCAAUUGGGGUCCAGCCUGGCACCUGGCUGCAGUAGCUUAUCCAUUCAUUGGCCUGCACACUUGA